AUGCACUGGUUCAAGUCGCUAGUCGUGUUGCCCAUGCUUGCCUGGGUGACUCUGCUCUCUAUGGGAGCUCGAGCUGAAUCCAACAUUGGCAUCGGCAAGAGCGACAUCACCGGGCCUGCUGCGGAGGUCCUCAUGAUGGGGUUCUCGGAUCUCAAGGAGAGCACUGCAGGAAUUCUUAACCGGCUGUACGCCAGAGCCUACUUCAUCGAAGACCCCGUCACCAGCAGCCGCGUCAUGUUCGUUCACUGCAACCUGCACUCUGUCAUGCAGCUGGUGCACCAAGAAGUUCUCGCUCAACUCGCCACCAAGUAUAACGGCGUCUACACCGAGCAGAACGUCGUUCUACACGCCACGCACACGCACGCUGGACCGGGAGGCACUGCCGGCUACUUCCUCUACGACGUGUCCAUCCUCGGGUACAUCAGCGAGAACUUCGACAAGAUCGUGGGCGGCAUCUUGGACGCCAUCGACCAGGCGCACAACUCGGUGGCGAGCGGCACGAUCCGCAACACAACGAUUGAGUCGGCUGAGAUCAUUGGCAGGCGAGAGUAUGACGCUUUGUCAGCGCUGAUCAAUAGCACCUCCGAGUUGAUUCAAGGAAGUGCGGUCGCCAAGCUCUCGUACGUGGACAUGAGCAAUGUGACGCUCGAUGGUGUCCAGGCCACUGACGAGGAUCCGUACGCAGACCGAACGUGUCCUGGAAUCGUCGGACAGAACUUCGCUGCUGGCACGGAAGAUGGACGCGGCCUCGGCUGGUUUAGCGAGGGGGAUCUCAAGACCAAUCAGUUCUUUAAAGCGCUUGGAGCUGCUCUAAGCACGAAGACGCCGCAGUGGGUGCAGGACUGUCAGAACAGCGUCAAACCUGUUCCGUGGACGCCCAACAUCCUUCCCGUUCAGAUCGUCAAGAUUAGCCAAUUCGCGAUCGCUGUCACUUCGUUUGAGGUCACGACCAUGGCUGGACGGCGCAUCCGUAGCACUGUGAACGGGGCGUUGGCAGACGCUGGAGUCACGGAGGUCGAGCUGGCGACUAUCAGCAACGCGUACGUGCAGUACAUGACCACGAAAGAGGAAUACCUCGUCCAGGACUACGAAGGCGCGUCAACGCUUUUCGGUCGCAACCAGCUCGCUGCCGUACAGCAAGAGCUGUCUCGAGUCGCAGCGUCGAUCGUGGAUACUUCGAUUGAGCUCGAUGUGGGCCCGACCCCACUGAAAAUCGAUCGUGACUCCCUCGUAACCUUCCAAACUGGUGUAGUUGUCGACACGGCGCCUUCAGGUGGCUUCAGCGCUGUUCGUACACAGCCCGAGAGCUCGUAUGCCAUCGGUGACAUGGCCUCCUGUGUCUUUGCGGGCGCUCACCCGAAGAAUGCGCUCACUCUGGUCACAUCGUUCUGCGACGUCGAGCAGCUCGAGUCCGAUGGAAGUUCGUACCGCACCGUCAUGACCGAUGCUCACUGGGAUGUUCGCUACCACUGGGAACGCUACGGCGUCGCUGGAAGCAAGAACACUUGCGAGUGGAACAUACGAGCUGGAGGCCAAACGAGUGUGGCUGGCACGUAUCGCUUCGUUCACCGCGGGUACGCAAAGAGUCUGACUGGCACCCUGACAGUGUAUGAGAGUACUUCGGGCACCUUUACGGUGACAGCGUAA